AUGAAAAGCGCGUCCAGCUUCAGGUCGAACAGACCUGAAGGGACUGCGCCCUGGAACUGGUUGAACCGGAUAUCGAGGAAUUUUAGUGAAGGGAGAGAGAGUAAAACGUCUGGGAAUCCCCCGGAGAACAAAUUGUUGCUCAAGUCGAGCUCGUAUAGAAGUCUGAGGCUCUGGAAUGCUCAGUUUUCCGAGGUCUGGCGGGAGACUGCCGGAUAUGAACGCGCGAUUGAGGUCGAUUCCGGCGACUGUGGUCGUGAAGUUGUCAUCUGGCGAGGGAGCGCAGAAGACUCCGGUGUAGUUGCACACAUUGCAUCCGACCCAGUUGGACGUGAAGUUUUGAGGGUCGGAGGUGAUGGUGAGUUUCCAAGCUUGGAGGGCUUGGUAGGCUUGAAAGAGUCUAGGGUUUUGGAAUUGGAUUUGAAAAUUAAACUAAAAAUGCGGCAAUUACGUAGGAACGACGUAGUGGGACUAGUUACCGUGGUCAAAAUGCAUGGGAAGGGUGACAAGAAGAAAUCCCCAAAUUGUGAAACACUUCUCAGGAGCCGCACGACCAACACACGCCUCCACUCACCGGCAGAAACAAAGAGGAUUAGUCACAGAUAUGUGGAUGCCCAGGAAUUCCUAAACUAUUUGCUAAAUGAACUGGUUAACAUACUGGAGAAAGAGGCUCGAGCUACUAAGAGUGAUCAAGAAAGGAAGGAACAAAGGCUGGAAAGGGGCGUCUAUAGGGGUUAUCGGAUUGCAGCGAUAGAAGGCAGAUACUCGCAUAGGGCAUUUGGUGGGUCAUUAAACUGA